AAAAUCUCAAUACUUUCUUAGCAGCAGCGUGGCUACGCGUUUUUGCUUUGACUUGAAAUGUACGGAAGAUUAUAUCAUUGCCAAAGCCUAAGACUAAUGGAGAAGAAAGGAAACAAGAUCCCAGGAUGACCAAUGCCUUCCAUCAAAAUCUGCCUUGUGCUUGUGUUUCUCUCUAUCUUUAGCUUCACCAGUUUAGCCGACCCAAUGUUCCUGUACCACUUCUGUUCCAACGUGACCACUUUCCCUGGAAACAGUCUCUACAUAAGCAACACCAAUAACCUCUUCGCUUAUCUCUCCUCCAACGCCACCGGCCAUGACGGAUUCUACAAGACCACCGCGGGGCGGAACCCUAACAUGGUCUAUGGUCUCUAUCUCUGCCGUGGGGAUGUCCGCCCUGAAAUUUGCCAGGACUGCAUUAACCUUGCUACUGCCGGCGUAGCUCAACGUUGUCCUAACCAAACUUGGGCUAUAAUUUGGUAUGAUCAGUGUAUGCUACGUUACUCGAACCAGUCCAUCUUUUACUCCAUGGCUGAAAGUCCCAAAAAAAAUAUGCUGUAUAAUAGAGAUGUCACGGAACCAGAGCGCUUUAACCGGCUAGUGGCAACUCUGAUGCAAGACAUAGCAACUCGGGCGUCUAAUGCUUCAAUGGGGGCUAAAAAGUUUGCGACAAAAGAGGAAACGUUUACGGCGUUCCAAACAAUUUACAGCCUAGCACAGUGCACACCGGACAUUUCCAGAGGGGAUUGCUACAGAUGCCUUCAGAAAGCUAUUGCAGAUUUGCCAAAUUGUUGCAGUGGAAAAAUAGGAGGAUUAUCUCUGUACCCUAGCUGUAACGUGCAAUACCUAGUUUCCCUAUUCUAUGACAGAAGUAACGAACCUAUAGCUGCUCCGCCCCCAGCGCCGCCUGUACCUCCUCUUGUACUUCCUCCACCUCCACCAGGUAAAAGGGGGAUAUCAUCACAGAGAGUAAUCAAAAUUGUUGUUCCAACAGUUAGCUUCUUGGUUUUCUCCACUUUCUGUGUUCUAGGCUGGGAAGCAAGGAAGAAACUAAUCGUGCGAACAAUGCAAUCUGGUAAAAGUAAAUUGAGGAAUAUGCAAUCUCUGCAUUUUGAUUUGAGUAUAGUUGAAGCUGCCACAGACAAAUUUGCUGAAGUUAACAAGAUUGGUGUAGGCGGAUUUGGCAGUGUGUAUAAGGGUACACUUCCUGAUGGACAAGAAAUAGCUGUCAAGAGGCUAUCAACAAGCUCUGGACAAGGUGAUGAAGAGUUCCAAAAUGAGGUUGUACUGGUAGCCAAACUUCAGCACCGGAAUCUUGUGAAGCUAUUUGGAUAUUGCCUAGACAAAAAUGAGAGGAUGCUCAUCUAUGAAUUUGUGCCCAACAAAAGCCUUGACUACUUCAUAUUUGAUCCUGAAAAACAAAGGCAAUUGAAUUGGUCCAAACGUUACAAAAUAAUUAAAGGGAUUGCUCGAGGGCUUUUAUACCUUCAUUCAGAUUCACACCUCAAGAUCAUACACCGCGAUCUUAAGGCUAGUAAUAUUUUAUUGGAAGAGGACAUGAUGCCAAAAAUUUCUGAUUUUGGCAUGGCAAGAAUUGUUGGGGAAAAAAAAAGUGUAGAAUGUACCAAGAGAAUCGUUGGCACAUAUGGUUACAUGUCUCCGGAAUAUGCAAUGCAUGGCCGAUUCUCUGAGAAGUCUGAUGUAUUUAGUUUUGGUAUUUUGAUACUAGAAAUUAUAUGUGGCAAAAUGAAUACAAGUUUUUGUCACUCACAAUAUACCGAAAACCUGCUAACCUAUGUAUGGAGACAUUGGAAGAAUGGGACACCGAUAGAAUUGAUGGAUUCAACCUUACAAGAUUCUUAUGUGAGCAAUGAAGUUCUUAGGUGCAUUCAGAUCGGCCUGUUGUGCGUUCAAGAAGAUCCAAGUGCAAGGCCAACAAUGGCAAGAGUCGUUCUCAUGCUUAGCAGCCCUUCUGUUACUUUGCCAUCACCUAAAAAAACAGCAUUCUUUUUUGGCACCAUAACAGGACGUAAGUUUUCGGAGCAGCAAUCUGAUCGAUCAAAAAGUACGUCAUCGUCAGCCUCAGUGAACGAGGCAUCGAUUACUGAACCAUUCCCUCGAAUGCCUUCCAUCAAAAUCUGCCUUGUGCUUGUGCUUCUCUCUAUCUUCAGCUUCACCAGUUUGGCUGACUCAGAUUACCUGUACCACUUCUGUUCCAACGUGACCAUUUUCACCGGAAACAGCGUCUACAUAACCAAUAUAAAUAACCUCUUCUCUUACCUCACCUCCAACGCCACCGUCCUUGAUGGAUUCUACAAGACCACCUCGGGGCAGAACCCUAACAUGGUCCAUGGUCUCUUUCUCUGCCGUGGGGAUGUCCUUCCUGAAAUCUGCCAGGACGGCAUUAAACUUGCUGCUACCGACGUAGCUCAACGUUGUCCUAACCAAACUGGGGCUAUAAUUUGGUAUGAUAAGUGUAUGCUACGUUACUCGAACCAGUCUAUCGCUUACUCCACGCCUGAAAGGCCUAAAGUAAAUGUGUGGUAUGAUAAUUAUGCCACGGAACCGGACCGCUUUAACCGGCUAGUGGCAACUCUGAUGCAAGACAUAGCAACUCGGGCUUCAAAUGCUUCACUGGGGGCUAAAAAGUUUGCGACAAAAGAGGCACCAUUUACGGGAUUCCAAACAAUUUACAGCCUAGCACAGUGCACACCGGACAUUUCCAGUAGGGAUUGCUACGGAUGCCUUCAGGGAGCUAUUGCAGAUUUGCCAAAUUGUUGCAGAGGGAAAACAGAGGCAUUUGCUCUGUACCCUAGCUGUACCGUGCAAUACCAAGUUGCCCCAUUCUAUAGCAGAAGUAACGAAACUAUACCACCUCCGCCCCCAGCGUCGCCUGCACUUUCUCUUGUACAUCCUCCACCUCCAUCAGGUAAAACGGGGAUGUCAUCACAGAGAGUAAUCAAAAUUGUUGCUCCAACAGUUAGCUUCUUGGUUUUCUCCUCUUUCUGUGUUCUAGGCUGGAAAGCAAGGAAGAAACUAAGUGCGCGAAAAAGGCGAUAUGGUAAAAGUAAAGCUAGGAAUAUGCAAUCUCUGCAUUUUGAUUUGAGUACAGUUGAAGCUGCCACAAACAACUUUGCUGAAGUUAACAAAAUUGGUGAGGGCGGAUUUGGGAGUGUGUAUAAGGGUACACUUCCUGAUGGACAAGAAAUAGCUGUCAAGAGGCUAUCAACAAGCUCUGGACAAGGUGAUGAAGAGUUCGAAAAUGAGGUUCUAUUGGUAGCCAAACUUCAACACCGGAAUCUUGUGAAGCUAUUUGGAUAUUGCCUAGACAAAAAGGAGAGGAUGCUCAUCUAUGAAUUUGUGCCCAACAGAAGCCUUGACUACUUCAUAUUUGAUCCUGAAAAACAAAGGCAAUUGGAUUGGUCCAAACGUUACAAAAUAAUUAAAGGGAUUGCUCGAGGGCUUUUAUACCUUCAUUCGGAUUCACACCACAAAAUUAUACACCGUGAUCUUAAGGCUGGUAAUAUUUUAUUAGACGAGGACAUGACACCAAAAAUUUCUGAUUUUGGCAUGGCAAGAAUGAUUGGGGAAAAUAAAAGUCUAGAAUGUACCAAGAAAAUUGUCGGCACAUAUGGUUACAUGUCUCCAGAGUAUGCAAUGCAUGGAUGGUUCUCUGAAAAGUCUGAUGUAUUUAGUUUUGGUAUUUUGAUACUAGAAAUAAUAUGUGGCAAAAUGAAUACAAGUUUUUGUCACUCACAAUAUGCCGAUAACCUUCUAACCUAUGUAUGGAGACAUUGGAAGAAUGGGACACCAAUGGAAUUGAUGGAUUCAACCUUACAAGAUUCUUAUGUGAGCAAUGAAGUUUUGAGGUGCAUUCAGAUCGGCCUGUUGUGCGUUCAAGAAGAUCCAGGUGCAAGGCCAACAAUGGCAAGAGUCAUUCUCAUGCUUAGCAGCUCCUCUGUUACUUUACCAUCACCUCAAAAAACAGCAUUCUUUUUUGGCACCAUGACAGGACGUAAGUUUUCGGAGCAGAAAUCUGAUCCAUCUAAAAGCACGUUAUCGUCAGCCACUGUGAAUGAGGCGUCCAUUACUGAACUAUUCCCUCGAUAA